AAGAAGAGGCCAUUCGUUGUGUCGCUUCUUGUUGAUUUCUCCGGUUUAACGGACACCGGCGGCUCCAUGGCGGCCCGGCUGCUGGAAGUUUACCUGGACCUGCUGUCGCAGCCAUGCCGGGCGGUGAGCCUCCUGCUGGGCUGCACCAGCAUCCCGCACACCGUCCGGACCGUGGCUCUGCGGAGAGGAGAACAGAGAAGUCCAGAAUUCACCAAACUGAACCCCAUGCAGAAAGUUCCGGUUCUGGUGGACAAUGGCUUUGUUCUCAAAGAGAGCGACGCCAUCUUGAAGUACCUGGCCAGCAAGUACGACGUCCCCGACCACUGGUAUCCACGACAGCCAGAGAAGCGAGCACGAGUGGACGAGUACACAGCCUGGCAUCACAGCAACACACGACCACACGCAGCUAAAGUCUUUAUCCUGGAGGUGUUGCUCCCGACCCAGACAGGCUCUCCGGUGGAUGAGGGACGUUUGAGUCGUGCUCUGUCUGAGCUGGACGACACUCUGGUCAAAAUGGAGUCCAUGUUUCUUCGUAGACAGCCGUUCUUGUGCGGUGAUGACAUCACUCUGGCCGACCUGCUCGCUGUGUGUGAGCUCAUGCAGCCUCUGGGUGGGGGGCGGGAUGUCCUGAAGGACCGCCCUCCGCUGCAGCGAUGGAGGAGCCGAGUCCAGGCCGCCGUCGGAGAGCAUUUUGACCGAGCUCACGCCGUUCUGUACGCCCUGAGAGACCGCCAGCGAGCACGGCUGUGACAUCAGAGUGAUGUCACACAGCUUUAUCUUCUAACAAACGAAAUAUGACAUCAUUGUACUUUACAAACAAGCUGAAAUAAUCAAUGGAUCUGAUUGGUUUGAUCAAUGAAUCUGAUUGGUUUUAUCAAUGAAUCUGAUUGGUUGGAUCAUUAAUUGAUCUGAUUGGUCGGAUUAUUAAUGGCUCCUAUUGGUCGGAUCAUUAAUGGCUCUGAUUGGCUGGAUUAUUAAUGGAUCUGAUUGGUUGGAUCACUACGGAGGCCUUUUUUGUUGCGUUUCUUCGUUUUAAAUCUCGUCACAUUUAUUAAACAUUAAAAUGAAACUAAACUUUGAAGCACUUUAACUGAAAAUAGGUUUUUGAUGAAAACAGAAAUAAAGUGAUUUAUUUUCUCA